AUGGACUUUAUGUUGCAGCCGCCUCGCCGGUUUCGCGCUUGCGCUCUUCGCCUUCGCGGGACUCCGAGCCUUCGUGCCACCCCAGCAGCCACUGCGUGGUGCCAGCGCUCCGCUGCGUUGGGCGCGGGAGCGGCGGAUGAGUACCUGAACUACAACAUGACAGGCGAAUACACGCCUUUCAUGAUCAUCGGUUACUUCGGCCUGACCACCUUCCUCACGGCCUUUGCCUUCGGCUCGUACCUCAUCCUGACCAAGCUCAAGAUCAUAUGA